AUGUCCGGCCACGGUGUCCAACCCACCGAGGAUGAGCUUCGUCCCUCGAUGACGGAGGGAUACAACCCUACCGCUAAGAAGACAAUUGACGAAUACGCCAACCUCGACGCGAACGAUGAGUCCCUCCGUAAGUGGAAGGAAUCCCUCGGUAUCUCCGCAAACUCCCCCGCCCUCGUCGCAGCCCCAGGCGACAACCGCAAAGUCGUCGUCCUCGAACUCGCCCUUGAAGUCGCCGGCCGUCCAGACGUCGUCCUAAACCUCGAAAAGCAAAGCGUGCAAGAACUCAAAGACAAACCCUUCAUCCUAAAAGAAGGCUCAGAAUACCGCAUGAAAGUCAAAUUCCGGAUUCAGCACGAAGUCAUCUCGGGUCUUCGAUACCUGCACGUCGUCAAGCGUAAGGGUAUCAAGGUCGACAAAGCAGAAGAGAUGAUUGGGUCGUAUGGGCCUAAUACCCAGGCACAGCCGUUUUAUGAAAAGAAGUUUGCAGUGGAGGAGGCGCCGAGUGGGCUGAUUGCGAGGGGGAGUUAUGAUGUGAGGAGUAAGUUUGCGGAUGAUGAUGGGAAUACGUUUUUGGAGUGGCAGUGGGGGUUCAAGAUUGCGAAGGGUUGGGAUGAGAAGUAG